UGUGUGAAUGGGGCUUUUUCCAAGGGCACUGAGGUAAGGAUGGCCACAUUGGCAGAGAGAGGGCGGAGGUGUGAACUGUCGACUCCAGGAGAAUGACCAGACACACAGAGACCACAUUUCUUUAGCUUCUUGAAUUUUGCAAAUUGACAUUAACUUUCUCACCUAUGUAAUCUAGACAGGUCGACUACACUAUACAGUAGUUUUCAGGUGGUUACAGGUUACAUUCACCCUCCCCUAACCCUCCUCCUCCUCAUUAAGGUGGGAUGGAUGGGGUGGCGGGAGGUGUGGGUACCCCCGGUAGUACCGGGGGCUCUGGGGGUGACAGCAUCCCCAGGCGUAAUGGAGGGGACUCGAAGCGACGCAGUAAAGGCAGCCUGCCCUCCCCGGGCUACAGGCUGUCCCAGGCCUCGCUGGAAGGAGAAAGGGGGUCCUUCGGGGCAGACAGCACUUCUUUAGGUGGUCGUGGCCGUCGCCUCUCCAUCAUGAGCUCCUCCACCAGGGAUGGCCCUCCCUUCCGCUCGGCGGGCACGCCAACCACCCCGGUGCCCCUGCCACCUCCGCCCUCAGCUCAACCUCCGCCGCGCUCAGUGGGCUUCGCCUCGUCCCGCGCCGCCCUGGCCUCCACCUCCUCCGCCGGGACUGGAGUGAUGGUGGUGGCCACCGGCCUAGAGACCACCACCACCACGGCCUGCAACACAACUGCAGGGACCCCCGAGCUUGUGGGCCAGUCUGGACUGGGAGGCUUUGGCAUGGGGCUGGACGGGGAGGACUACAGCACCUCCAACCAGAGCACCUUCAUCCAAAGACAGUUUGGAGCCAUGCUCCAGCCGGGGGUCAACAAGUUCAGCCUGCGCAUGUUCGGAUCCCACAAAGCUGUUGCACUGGAGCAAGAAAGACUGAAAUCAGCAGGGGCGUGGAUCAUACACCCCUACAGUGACUUCAGGUUCUACUGGGACCUGCUGAUGUUAAUGCUGAUGAUGGGGAACUUAAUCAUCCUGCCAGUGGGCAUCACGUUCUUUAGAGACGAGAACACUCCUUCGUGGAUCAUCUUCAAUGUGGUCUCAGACACUCUCUUCAUGGUCGACUUGGUUCUCAACUUCCGGACCGGCAUCAUUAAGGAAGACAACACAGAGAUACUGCUCGACCCCAGGGCGAUCCGCCAGAACUACCUGAAGAGCUGGUUCCUUGUGGAUUUUGUGUCAUCCAUCCCGGUGGACUACAUCUUCCUGAUGGUGGACAGUCUGGACUCUGAGGUCUACAGGACAGCCAGGGCGUUGCGUAUCUUCCGCUUCACUAAAAUUCUGAGCCUGCUGAGGCUGCUCCGCCUUUCCAGGCUCAUCCGCUACAUCCACCAGUGGGAGGAGAUCUUCCACAUGACCUAUGACCUUGCCAGUGCCAUGGUGAGGAUUGUGAAUCUUAUUGGUAUGAUGUUGCUGCUGUGCCACUGGGAUGGCUGUCUCCAGUUCCUUGUCCCCAUGCUGCAGGACUUCCCUCCUGACUGUUGGGUUUCUAAGAACCUGAUGGUGAAUGACACAUGGGGCGUGCAGUACUCCUAUGCUCUCUUCAAAGCCAUGAGCCACAUGUUGUGUAUCGGGUAUGGUGCCCAGGCCCCAGAAGGGAUGACUGAUGUGUGGCUCACCAUGCUCAGCAUGAUCGUCGGCGCCACCUGCUAUGCCAUGUUCAUCGGCCAUGCCACCGCUCUCAUCCAGUCACUGGAUUCCUCGCGACGGCAGUACCAGGAAAAAUACAAGCAGGUGGAGCAGUACAUGUCAUUCCACAAGCUUCCUGCAGACGUCCGGCAAAAGAUCCAUGAGUACUAUGAACACCGCUUCCAGGGGAAAAUGUUUGAUGAGGAGAACAUACUGGGAGAACUCAGUGAGCCACUUAAAGAGGAGAUUGUCAGCUUUAAUUGCCGUAGCCUGGUGGCUAACAUGCCACUGUUUGCCAACGCUGAUCCCAACUUUGUGACCGCUGUGCUGACCAAGCUUCGCUUUGAAGUGUUUCAGCCUUCAGACUUUAUCAUCCGUGAGGGCACUGUUGGACGGAAGAUGUACUUCAUCCAACAUGGACGAGUUAGUGUGCUGACCCGUGGCAACAAGGAAACCAAAUUGAGUGAUGGGUCUUACUUUGGAGAGAUCUGCUUGUUGACUCGUGGACGGAGGACAGCCAGCGUCCGUGCGGAUACAUAUUGUCGCCUGUACUCUCUGAGUGUGGACAGUUUUAAUGAGGUGUUGGAGGAACAUCCGAUGAUGCGGCGUGCCUUCGAAACUGUUGCUGUUGACCGAUUGGACCGUAUUGGCAGGAAGAACUCCAUGCUCCUUCGGAAGUCAUCCCAGGCCGGUUCACUGGGUGGCAGUAUGGGUCGUGGUGGAGGUCGUGGUGGAGGUCCAGGGGCAGGGGGAAGCCUGGCAGCAGGCAGCCUGGGCUCCUGUGACAGCAUGCUGGUGCAGCAGAUUGUCAAACACGACAGCAUGCCGGCCAUGCAGGAUGCCAUUGCGGCUGCUGCAGCAGGAAGAGGCGGAGUCAUGGGAGGAAGCGGCACAGUGUCUCCUAGGCCGCGCCCUGUCAUCUGGGCACCGCUGGUUCAUGCCCCCCUGCAGACUGCAGCUGCCACCAGUAAUGUAGCCAUUGCCCUCAUGCACCAGCAGCAGCAACAACAGCAGCAACUCCAGCAGUUGCAGCAGCAUGCACUCGGAGGCGCUUUUUUCCUGCCCUCUCCUCUUGUCUCUCCUUCCCCCUCUGUCUCUUUUCCUCUGUCAUCUCCUCGUGCCCCUGUGUUACAGUCCCUUCGCCCCUCUGUGAGCUCCCUGAUUGGGAUGAUGGCAAUGGGAGGAAUGGGUAGCUUGUCCCCAAGAGGAGGAUUUCCUGCCUCCCCCUCAGCCAUGUGCCCACCUGGUGGAGUCACUUCACCACCAGUUGCCAAAACUCCACCCACUGCAGCCUCUUCUGUUCCAACUUCUGCCCAACAAGGAAGAAGUGUUCAUUAUAGCCUCCGUCUCCAGUCUGAUCAUCCCUCAGUGAUUAGUGGAUCUCUUGGAACCCCAGCAGGUGGAGGGGCAACAACUCCACCCCUCCACAAGGUACCUACCACCAACCCCCCUGCUGCUGCUGCUGCCCCCUCAGAUGGCAGCACUUCUGUGACAGGCCAGCAGGGAGCAAAAGAAGCUCUGUUACGUCACGGAGGAAACAGCUCUCAGGGUCUGCCAGCAUUAGGCAGACUCACCCAGGAGGCCAGGCUGCUGUCUGCCUCACAGCCCACUCUGCCUCACCGCUCCUGGAUGGGAGUGCAGCCUCAUCCGCCCCUCCACCGGAAGGCCUCUGGUGGUAAUUUGCUGGCGGCUCCUUUCCUGGCAGGGCAGUUAGCCAGAGGAAGCAGUGCGGGUAUGCUGAUCUCUAACACUCCAGUACAGCUGCUAACAAAUAUACCAUUUAAUACACAAACACAAGCACAGGCUGUAGUUCCUAUUCAGCCCACUAUAGCACAAGCAAUCUCUGCAAAUACAGCUACGAACACACAGCCUGCCCCUCACACUUCCUCUAUACCCACACCCACAGCUGCACAUAUGCCUUCUGCAGUUUCUUCCUCCUCUCUGAAGCAGACCCCACUUUCCUCUGCUACUCCUUCACCUGCACCCACUCCCUCGUCUCCUAAUCCCAUAUUCACCCAGACACCUCGCCCAAAACCAAUUCCAAUGACCCCCUCUCGAUCCUCCUCGCCUCCUCCCAGCUCCACCCCUCCUUCAGCAGGAAUAACCCCUUUGUCACUCUGUUCGACUCCCCGUCCCAAACCAAUCGCUGCACCUUCUCCCCGCUCUUCUUCUCCCUCUCCUUGCUCCACACCUCCUCCAUCCUCUGUUUCCACCCCUGUUCCUCUACCUCAAACAUUCACGCCCAGGUCAUCUCUUACCUCCUCCUCUCCCCCAUCUUCCUUGGUCACCUCUUCAAUGAAGGCGUCUAACACACCUCCUUCUGCUUCUCCGUUGUCUGGCCCCAGUCCUGCCCAAACCCCAAUCCCCUCUCCGACUCUGGCUCAGGCCACACGCACCCGCACUUCAACCCCUUCCCAAACUCCUACGCAAAUCCUCUCACCUGUUAUCUCCCAAACUCCAACUCCUAUCCAGACUCUGACCCCUACACCUUCCCCUCCUCCCAUCCCUAUUACAUCUGUCCCCUUGCUGAGUAAAUCCCAGAGUCCAACCCCAUGUUUGCAGCCCUCUGUCUUUAGCUCAGCCAGGGUUCCCACCUCGAGCCAGAUCCCAAAACAGGCCUUACCUCUAACCCCAGCCCGACCUCCCUCCCCAGUACCAGCUAGUACUAGCAUUCCCUCCAAAGUAACUUUUUCAGUUCAUCCUGUAAAGCAAACCCCUCCUGUCCUCACUCCAAGCCCCUCUUCAGGCUUGGGUCGUUCCACCAAACCAACUCCAGCAACAACUUUAGCCUCAACAACUCUGUGCCCAACCCCCAUCUCCACUAACCCCUCUUCUCAUACCUCCACCACUACCAUCACCAUCUCUCCCAGUGUCUCUCCUGCAUCUGCUCAACCCCCAAAACAAAUGCCAACUGCCACAGCUGCCCCUGCCCACUCCUCAAAAUCCAACGCACCCUCUACCCCUGCCAAGACCUCUCAGGCAUCCACCACUUCACCCACCCAGUCAGCACAUGCAGCCACCCCUGCCAACACCACAUCCCCUAAAGGGGGGAAAAAGGACCCCCAGCUGCCACUAGCCAGAAAAGACUCAGAGGGACUAAGACACAAACUGCCUGCCAACAUGUAAAAAAAAAAAAGAAAA